AUGCAAAGACCAUUUCUACUCGCUUAUUUGGUCCUUUCGCUUCUGUUCAGCUCAGCUCUGGGUUAUCCAACUGCACUAGCCCCAAGGGGAUCCUCCGAGGGAACUAGUUGCAAUUCUAUCGUUAAUGGCUGUCCCAACUUAGACUUCAAUUGGCACAUGGACCAACAAAAUAUCAUGGAGUAUACUUUGGAUGUGACUUCUGUUUCUUGGGUUCAAGACAACACAUACCAAAUCACUAUUCAUGUCAAAGGUAAAGAGAACAUUGAUCUAAAAUAUCUAUGGUCUUUGAAAGUCAUUGGUGUCACUGGUCCAAAAGGUACCGUCCAACUAUACGGUACCAAUGAAAACACCUAUCUAAUUGACAACCCAACUGAUUUCACAGCUACUUUUGAGGUUUAUGCCACACAAGAUGUUAACAGCUGUCAAGUGUGGAUGCCUAACUUCCAAAUUCAAUUCGAAUAUUUGCAAGGUACUGCAGCUCAAUAUGCCAGCACCUGGAAAUGGGGAACUACAUCUUUUGAUUUGUCUACUGGUUGUAACAACUAUGACAACCAAGGUCACUCUCAAACAGAUUUCCCAGGCUUCUAUUGGGACAAGGACUGCAGUAAUAACUGUGGCAAAUCAUCAAGUUCAUCCAGCUCUUCCACUCCAGUGCCAACUCCAUCCAGCUCUUCUACUGAAAGCUCUUCUGCUCCAGUAACUACCUCCACUUCUGAAAGUUCUUCUACUCUAGUAUCCAGCUCUACUACCGAAAGUUCUUCAAGUACUACAACCACGACUACGCCUACUCCAGUACCUUCUGGACCAACCUGUGACACUGUUGUGAACGGUUGUCCCAACCUAGAUUUCAACUGGCACAUGGACCAACAAAAUAUCAUGGAGUAUACUUUGGAUGUGACUUCUGUUUCUUGGGUUCAAGACAACACAUACCAAAUCACUAUUCAUGUCAAAGGUAAAGAGAACAUUGAUCUAAAAUAUCUAUGGUCUUUGAAAAUCAUUGGUGUCACAGGUCCAGAAGGUACCGUCCAACUAUACGGUACCAAUGAAAACACCUAUCUAAUUGACAACCCAACUGAUUUCACAGCUACUUUUGAGGUUUAUGCCACACAAGAUGUUAACAGCUGUCAAUUGUGGAUGCCUAACUUCCAAAUUCAAUUCGAAUAUUUGCAAGGUACUGCAGCUCAAUAUGCCAGCACCUGGAAAUGGGGAACUACAUCUUUUGAUUUGUCUACUGGUUGUAACAACUAUGACAACCAAGGUCACUCUCAAACAGAUUUCCCAGGCUUCUAUUGGGACAAGGACUGCAGUAAUAACUGUGGCAAAUCAUCAAGUUCAUCCAGCUCUUCCACUCCAGUGCCAACUCCAUCCAGCUCUUCUACUGAAAGCUCUUCUGCUCCAGUAACUAGCUCUACCACUGAAAGCUCUUCCGCUCCAGUAACCAGCUCUACUACUGAAAGCUCUUCCGCUCCAGUAACCAGCUCUACUACUGAAAGCUCUUCUGCUCCAGUGCCAACUCCAUCCAGCUCUUCUACUGAAAGCUCUUCCGCUCCAAUUCCAACCCCAUCCAGCUCUUCUACCGAAAGCUCUUCUACUCCAGUAACUAGCUCUACUACUGAAAGCUCUUCUGCUCCAGUUCCAACUCCAUCAAGCUCUUCUACUGAAAGCUCUUCUGCUCCAGUAACUACCUCCACUUCUGAAAGUUCUUCUACUCUAGUAUCCAGCUCUACUACCGAAAGUUCUUCAAGUACUACAACCACGACUACGCCUACUCCAGUACCUUCUGGACCAACCUGUGACACUGUUGUGAACGGUUGUCCCAACCUAGAUUUCAACUGGCACAUGGACCAACAAAAUAUCAUGGAGUAUACUUUGGAUGUGACUUCUGUUUCUUGGGUUCAAGACAACACAUACCAAAUCACUAUUCAUGUCAAAGGUAAAGAGAACAUUGAUCUAAAAUAUCUAUGGUCUUUGAAAAUCAUUGGUGUCACAGGUCCAGAAGGUACCGUCCAACUAUACGGUACCAAUGAAAACACCUAUCUAAUUGACAACCCAACUGAUUUCACAGCUACUUUUGAGGUUUAUGCCACACAAGAUGUUAACAGCUGUCAAUUGUGGAUGCCUAACUUCCAAAUUCAAUUCGAAUAUUUGCAAGGUACUGCAGCUCAAUAUGCCAGCACCUGGAAAUGGGGAACUACAUCUUUUGAUUUGUCUACUGGUUGUAACAACUAUGACAACCAAGGUCACUCUCAAACAGAUUUCCCAGGCUUCUAUUGGGACAAGGACUGCAGUAAUAACUGUGGCAAAUCAUCAAGUUCAUCCAGCUCUUCCACUCCAGUGCCAACUCCAUCCAGCUCUUCUACUGAAAGCUCUUCCGCUCCAGUAACCAGCUCUACUACUGAAAGCUCUUCUGCUCCAGUUCCAACCCCAUCCAGCUCUACUACUGAAAGCUCUUCCGCUCCAGUAACUAGCUCUACCACUGAAAGCUCUUCUGCUCCAAUUCCAACUCCAUCCAGCUCUACCACUGAAAGCUCUUCCGCUCCAGUAACCAGCUCUUCUACUGAAAGCUCUUCCGCUCCAAUUCCAACCCCAUCAAGCUCUACCACUGAAAGCUCUUCUGCUCCAAUUCCAACCCCAUCCAGCUCUUCUACCGAAAGCUCUUCUACUCCAGUAACUAGCUCUACUACUGAAAGCUCUUCUGCUCCAGUUCCAACCCCAUCAAGCUCUACCACUGAAAGCUCUUCCGCUCCAGUAACCAGCUCUACUACUGAAAGCUCUUCUGCUCCAGUAACUAGCUCUACCACUGAAAGCUCUUCCGCUCCAGUAACCAGCUCUUCUACUGAAAGCUCUUCUGCUCCAAUUCCAACCCCAUCCAGCUCUUCUACCGAAAGCUCUUCUACUCCAGUAACUAGCUCUACUACUGAAAGCUCUUCUGCUCCAGUUCCAACCCCAUCAAGCUCUACCACUGAAAGCUCUUCUACUCCAGUAACUAGCUCUACUACUGAAAGCUCUUCUGCUCCAGUUCCAACCCCAUCAAGCUCUACCACUGAAAGCUCUUCCGCUCCAGUAACCAGCUCUACUACUGAAAGCUCUUCUGCUCCAGUAACUAGCUCUACCACUGAAAGCUCUUCUGCUCCAAUUCCAACUCCAUCCAGCUCUACCACUGAAAGCUCUUCCGCUCCAGUAACCAGCUCUUCUACUGAAAGCUCUUCCGCUCCAAUUCCAACCCCAUCAAGCUCUACCACUGAAAGCUCUUCUGCUCCAAUUCCAACCCCAUCCAGCUCUUUUACUGAAAGCUCUUCCGCUCCAGUAACCAGCUCUACUACUGAAAGCUCUUCUGCUCCAAUUCCAACUCCAUCAAGCUCUUCUACUGAAAGCUCUUUAGCACCAGUACCAACUCCAUCCACCUCUACCAUUGAAAGCUCUUCUGCUCCAAUUCCAACUCCAUCCAGCUCUUCUACUGAAAGCUCUUCCGCUCCAGUAACCAGCUCUUCUACUCCAGUAACUAGCUCUACCACUGAAAGCUCUUCCGCUCCAGUAACCAGCUCUACCACUGAAAGCUCUUCUGCUCCAAUUCCAACUCCAUCAAGCUCUUCUACUGAAAGCUCUUUAGCACCAGUACCAACUCCAUCCACCUCUACCAUUGAAAGCUCUUCUGCUCCAAUUCCAACUCCAUCCAGCUCUUCUACUGAAAGCUCUUCCGCUCCAGUAACCAGCUCGACCACUGAAAGCUCUUCUGCUCCAGUAACUAGCUCUACCACUGAAAGCUCUUCCGCUCCAGUAACCAGCUCUACUACUGAAAGCUCUUCUGCUCCAGUGCCAACUCCAUCCAGCUCUUCUACUGAAAGCUCUUCCGCUCCAAUUCCAACCCCAUCCAGCUCUAGCAACAUCACCUCUUCUGCUCCAGUAAGUAGCUCUAUUACUGAAAGCUCUUUAGCACCAGUACCAACUUCAUCCACCUCUAUCAUUGAAAGCUCUUCUGCUCCAAUUCCAACCCCAUCAAGCUCUACCACUGAAAGCUCUUUAGCACCAGUACCAACUCCAUCCACCUCUAGCAACAUCACCUCCUCUAUUCCAUCUUCAACUCCAUCCACCUCUGGUACUGAAAGCUCUUCCACUGGCACUACCGUCACUCUUUCAUCAACAUCUUCAUCUAAAUACCCUGGCAGCAGAAGUGAAACGACUGUCGCCCCUACCACAACCAGUACUACUAUUCCAACUACAACCACGACUUCUGUUAUGUCCCAAUCAACUACCACCAUCACUACUACAGUUUGUUCUACAGGAACAAACUCUGCUGGUGAAACUACCUCUGGAUGCUCUCCUAAGACUGUUACAACCACUGUUCCUUGUUCAACUGGUCCAAGCGAAACCGUUCCGGAAUCAGCAACAAACACUCCAACUACCACCCCCGUAACUACAGUCAUCUCAACCACUAUCGCUACUACUGAGUAUUCAACUAGUACAAAGCCAGGUGGCGAAAUUACAACUGGAUUCGUCACCAAGAACAUUCCAACCACUUACUUAACCACAAUUACUCCAACUCCUUCGGUCACUACGGUCACCAAUUUCACCCCAACCACUAUCACUACAACAGUUUGUUCUACAGGAACAAACUCUGCUGGUGAAACUACCUCUGGAUGUUCUCCUAAGACUGUUACAACUACUGUUCCUUGUUCGACUGGUACUGGUGAAUACACUACUUCUGCAGCUACCACCCCUGUUACUACAGCUGUCACAACCACCGUUGUCACUACUGAAUCCUCUACAGGUACCAACUCGGCUGGCAAAACAACAACUGGUUACACGACGAAGUCCAUCCCAACCACCUACAUUACCACUUUGGCUCCAAGUGCGCCAGUGACUCCUGCCACUAAUGCUGCACCAACCACAAUAACCACAACCGAAUGUUCUGCUGGUACAAACGCUGCCGGUGAAACUACAUCUGUAUGCUCUGCUAAGACUAUUAUAAGUUCUGGGAGUGCAAGCGAAAACACCGCAUCUCCAGUUACCACUCCUGUCACGACCGCUAUCCCAACGACCGCUGUUACUACUGAAUCUUUCACAGGUACUAACUCCGCUGGUCAAUUAACAACUGGUUACGCAACCAAAUCCAUUCCAACCACCUACAUCACCACCUUGAUUCCAGGAACAGCUCCUGCUACAGGUUCAAAUGGUGCCAAGAAUUAUGAAACUGUCGCCACAGCAACUAACCCUAUUUCAAUCAAGACAAGUUCAACACCCCAACUAGCUACGACAGCUUCUGGUUCCAGCAUGGCUCCAGUUGUCACAUCACCAUCUCUAACUGGUCCAGUUCAAUCUGCCUCUGGUCCUGCAGUUGCUACGUACUCUGCUCCUGCUAUUUCAAGUACUUACCAAGGUGCUGCAAACAUCAAGGUUCUUGGCAACUUUAUGUGGCUACUAGUUGCUCUUCCAAUUGUAAUUUAA